CUCAAGCGGCAGUAUGAGCGGACGGCUUCCAUAGAACCCUUCUACACAGGAGGAGCGAUCGCCUUGUCGGGCGAUGGGUCGAUGAUGGCGUGCAAGUGCGGGGGAGAGGUCUGCCUUGUGGACGUGGCGACGGGAAAGGUCUCGUCCAAGAUUGCAGCGGAUUCGGAGGAGCUCAUGGCGCUCGCGCUCAACCCCAACGGCGAGGAGAUGAUCACGGCAGGACGGGACAUGCUUGUGAAGACCUGGGACCUGGCUGAGGGGAAGAAGCUGAGGUCGUGGAAGGCUGGGCAGGGCAACAGCUACGUGCUGAAGCUGACUUACGACGAGACCGGCACCCUGGCGGCCGGGGGAUGCAGCGACUCGAUCGUUCGCGUGUGGGACGCGGGGAGAGGGUACGCAACGCACAAUCUGCGGGGCCACAAGGCCAUCAUAACGAGCAUCCGGUUCGGCCCCGUCCCUCCAUCCAACCCCAACGCGGUCCUGCUCUACUCCGGAGCGGAGGACGGGCAGGUGUGCGUGUGGUCCCUGGAGCAGAAGGCGUGCAAGUACUCGCUCAAGGGGCACGACAGCGCCGUGACGGCCAUCGUCCUUCAUCCCAUCUCGCACUCGCUGCUGACUGGAGGAAGAGAUCGAGUGGUUGGAGUGUGGAACACGAGCAGCUACCAGCUGGAGAAAAGCAUCCCUGUCUUCGACGUGGUCGAAGGGCUGGUUCUCUCUAACGGGGCGGAGGCGGAGGCUGAGGCUGAGGAGGAGGAGGGGAGGAGAGGGCAGCGAGGGAAGAAGAAGGGAAAGGAAGGGAAGAGCUCGGAGGAGCACAUCGCAGCCAUGAGGGCGAAGCUUGAGUUCGUGACGGCCGGAGCUUCCGGGCUGUUGAAGAAGUGGAGUGUCAAGACAGGAGCCAAUAUCUUGAGCGAGAAGGAGCGCCCCGGCAAGAUCGCUUACGACAACCUGCUCCUGCACGGCCCCUCCCAGCACAUCCUGGCGGUCACGAUCGACCAGACUCUCAUCUUCUGCAGCCCCGAGAACUUCCAGAUUGAGAAGCAAAUGAUCGGCUACAACGAGGAAGUGCUCGACCUCUCUUUCGCCUCCGAGACUUGCCUGGCCGUUUGUACCAAUAGCGACAACCUGCGAAUCUUUGACACACAGACGAGAAGCUGUCGGUUGCUGUACGGGCACAAGAACAUGAUUCUCGCUGUCGAUUGUCAUCAUCGUCAUGGUAUCAUCGCAACGGCUUCUAAGGACCAGCUGGUUCGCUUCUGGCAUGUUUCCACCGGCGUCUGUCUUGGCGUCUGUGAGGGUCACGUCGAUGCCGUCGGCGCCGUCGCCCUGGCCCCCAAGUCCAUGAGCUUCGUCUGCUCGGGGAGCAACGACUUGACCCUCAAAGUCUGGGACACGUCGGAGCUUAUCACAGCUGCACACAAGCUCGAGCACGAGGAAGCCUCCUCCUCCUCUCCCCUCCAGCUCAGCACUCUCCGCUCAUGGAAGGCGCACGACAAGGACAUCAACAGCGUCGCCGUCUCGCCCAACGACGCGCUGCUGGCCUCAGGCUCGCAGGACAGGACGGUGAAGGUGUGGGAGAGGACGGGGGAGCUGCGGGUCAGCUGCAAGGGGCACAAACGCGGCGUCUGGUGCGUCAAGUUCUCGCCCGUCGACAAGGUCGUCGCCUCCUCGUCCGCAGACGCGACGGUGAAGCUCUGGAGCCUCGGGGACGGGAGCUGCCUCAAGACGCUCGAGGGGCACGAGGGCUCUGUGCUCAAGUUGGCGUUUGUGACCAGCGGGAUGCAGCUGGUGACGGGGGGGAGCGACGGGCUGCUGAAGCUCUGGACCCUCAAGACCUCCGAGUGCGUCGCGUCGCUGGAGCAGCACGAGGACAAGCUGUGGGCCCUCGCGGUGGCGCCCGGGGAAGACACGCUGCUGGCAACGGGAGGGGCGGACGGGAUGAUCAACUUCUGGGACGACGUGACGGCUGAGAUGGAAGACAAGGCGAGGCAGGAGCAGGAGGAAAAUCUCGUCCUCGAGCAGCAGAUGAUGAAUGCCUUGCGUGCCAAGGACUACAAGCUUGCUGCUUUGCUGGCCUUCCGACUCAAAAAGCCCUUCCACCUCCUUCAGGUCCUGCAGCUCCCCCUGCCUCGCUCCCUUCUCCGCUUGUCUGGGGAUGAUCAACAUUCAUGCGCGUCAAUUGAAACUUUUCUCUCCACCUGCCUGCAGUACCUCCGAGACUGGAACACUUCCGCGAGGAACGCACACACCUCGCAGGCGGUCCUGCUCGCCAUCCUCCGCUCCUUCUCGCUCGAGCAGCUUUGCGAGUGUGAGGGCAUCAAGGACAUUGUCGACUCUCUUCUCCCCUACACCCAGAGGCACUUUCAGCGCCUUGAG